UCACUGGCGCAUUCGACGCUGUAUCUAUGUCAGGUCAGUAUGUACAAUACCUAGGAACUUACGUAGCGUAUGACAUGCAAUGCAGUGUGUUAAAAAGGAUAGACAAGACACAAAGAGUUGUAGAUUUUCACCUUUACUAUAAUUAUUUACCACUAUUGCAACACCUUGUACUUUUAUAUAUAUCCGUCCUCAUUGCUACACCGUAGACAAGUAAAAAAGCUACAAUAAAUAAAAUUGCGAUGGCCAUGGCUUGGCCAUCGCAAUUUUUACUUACUUUUUGACAGGUAAUAAACAGGAAAGUGAUGGUUUUCAGUAUGAAGUUACUAAUUAUGACUGUGCUAUUUUACUAUGGGAGCUGUGAGGACAAGGUGACUGUGAGGGAGCCCCCCGCGCUCCCCGCACCCCCCGCCAACAGGAUCGUCGGGGGACAACCCACCACCGUCAGGAGAUACCCUUACAUGGCGUAUUUUCGAUCAUUUUAUACGAUGCAUGGUCAGAGGCAGCUGGGGGGUUUCUGUGGGGGCGUGAUACUCACACAGCACCACGUGCUCACCGCUGCACACUGCUUAUUUCGAAAAAUCAAUGACACUACAGCUGUUACUGGCACUACCAUCUUGAGGGCAUCUGAAGUUGUCAUUCGCGUCGGAUCUACCUACAAUGACCGCGGAGGCUCAGAGCAUGCGACGUCCAAGAUCGUGGUCCACGAGGACUACAAAUAUUCGGAGCUUCGAAGAUUCGAAAAAGACAACGACGUGGCAGUGUUGGUGCUGCCGACCAGUAUAAGCAACUACCGGAGCAGCUCGGUGCAGCCAGCCGCCAUCCCCCCGAGGGGGUAUGUGGUCCCGGACAACGCGUCUGUGGUAGCUGUCGGGUGGGGACAGACUGAUAUGAACUGCAACAAGUCAACCCCCCUCGGCCUGCGGCACGUGGGGCUGCGCACGGUGGACCGAGACACCUGCGCCGCGCGGUGGGGGGCUCCGGCCGUAGACUCCAUGCUCUGCGCGGCGCUGCUUGAUGUUGGAGGAGCUGGUGUUUGUAUGGGUGACUCAGGUGGUCCCCUGGUGUACAACGGGGUGGUGGUGGGGGUGGCCGCGUUUAUUAUGACAUGCGACGAUUCCUUCUACCCUCAUGUGUUCAUGCGCGUCUCUAGCUAUAUCGAAUGGAUCAACAACACUGUAAGUCAAAACCAGGUUGUGGCUGUGCACAAGAACAGUCACAACACCGCCGUGGCAGCUGACGUCACCAGUCUGAUGCUACUCGCCUUCGCAACGUCAAUUUGGAUAUUGUUUUCCGAAAUCUGAUUAUUUUUUUAAGUAAGAUGAUAGUUUUAGUGUUAAAAAGAGGAUGGGCGUUUUGGGACCUACGUCCAAUAAAGAUGAGUCACACAUCG